AAAUUCCUGCCACAGUCUCAAAUCUCGCAGCAGCCGUAGCCUAAGAUAAAAAUCAGCACGAAAAAGAAGAUUCAAUCCUUCUCCGGAAUAUUCCUCCUCAGGAGAAAAUAAGCUUCGAUUAUUUUUUUUUGUGAUGCCGUAUCUUGUACGCGAGAAUCUUUUCAUCGGAAACAUAAGCGACGCGGCUGAGGUUCUGCAAGAUGGAAGUUCGGAAAUAACGCAUAUUUUAUCGGUCUUAAGUUCCGUGUCUAUAUCGUUCUUUACGGAAUGGAGAAGCGGUGUGGUAAUCCCGGCGAAGGAGAUAAAGAAAGUUUGCGUGGGUGACGGUGAGGAUGAGUGGAGGAGUUGUUUGGCGGCGAAUAAGGUUUUGUAUGGGUUAGAGUAUGCAGGGAAGGAUUUGAAACUGGUGAGAAUGGCGGUGCCGAUCAGGGAUAUGGAGAGCGAGGAUUUGUUGGAUUAUUUGGAUGUUUGUAUGGAUUUUAUUGAGAAGAGUAGAAAAGAAGGAGCUGUUUUGGUGCAUUGUUUUGCUGGCGUUUCGAGAAGUGCAGCUAUCAUUACAGCGUACUUGAUGAAAACUGAACAGUUGUCCCUUGAAGAUGCUCUUGAAUCCCUAAGGCGAAGCUGUGAGUCUGUUUGUCCCAAUGAUGGCUUUUUAGAACAGUUGAAAAUGUUUGAGGAAAUGGGGUUCAAGGUUGAUCAUGCUAGUACCAUAUACAAGCGGUUUCGCCUGAAAGUAUUGGGUGAGUUUUACAACCGUGGAGAGAAGAUAGACAGUUCUAAAUUUGGGGCAGAUCCUGGUGUACCUACACAAAUUUCCUCUGAGGAAGAAGCAUCUCCAAAUGAAGGGGAAAAGGCUAUUCCUGCAUACCGCUGCAAGAAAUGCCGUCGAGUAGUUGCACUGCGGGAGAAUGUUGUGGAUCAUGUUCCAGGAGAGGGCGAGACAUCUUUUGCAUGGGGCAAGCAGAAAAGUGGCAACCCCUUUAACAAGUCCAGUGAGUCUGAGUGUUCAUCUCUUUUUGUUGAGCCUCUGAAGUGGAUGACAGCAGUUGAGGAAGGUGCAUUGGAGGGAAAGUUGUCCUGUGCUCAUUGCGAAGCUCGUUUGGGUUACUUCAAUUGGUCAGGUAUCCAAUGCAGCUGUGGGAGCUGGAUUACUCCAGCCUUUCAGCUACACAAAAGUCGAGUGGAUGUUAGCACUGCCUAAUACCUUCGAGGCAAAAGAAGAUGCAAGCAUAUCUCUUGACUGCAGUAAAGUCCAGUUUUCUCAGAGAAAUUGAUACUAUCUGAAGAAAGCAUACCGUUUCCUCACCAGUCCGCACUUGCACAGAAUGAGCAAACCCCCCAAAUCGUUUUAUGAAGUUUCCAUGCAUAUUCCCACGGAGAUCUAUCUUUGAGGAGCUGGAGGCGCAGAUUUGUAACUUGAGUGAAAUAAUGUCUUGUAUUUAUUGUAUGAUAUGGUCAUACAAUUGGACCGCUUUGCUUGGUGGUUUGAGAAUGUCUUUUAAAAAGAGAUUUUACAAGGCUAGAAAUGAAUGGACAGCGAGGGCUAGGCCUCCUUAUAUUUCUAAUUGAUUUUACUACAGAGGUCAAUCUAUAUAGCUUGUUAAAUUGCUUGAA